AUGAAAUCCGAAAAAUUAUUCAUCAACAUUCUACUCAAUGGUUAUCUCAGUAGUAUGAACAGAUACAUAAGCAAAAGUUCGUGUUUGUUUUUAAUGAAAAUACUUCAAAAGUUUUCCGCAAACAAAGAUGAUGUUAUCAUCAUACCUCAGAGUAGUGGAUUACUCUUUGUUGCUUUAAUAUUUAUUGGCUUGUAUUCAUUUCUACCGCAUAAAGAAUUACGCUUUAUUAUUUAUGUAUUACCUGUGCUGAAUCUGGUCGUGGCAGAUAUUUGGACUAACUUAGAUAAACCAAUGUUAUCAUCUAAAGGAGGAGGCGUAUAUACGAAUCUGUUGAAAAAGAAAUCUCUGCCUAAACGAAUAACAGUCACUCGUCUUCUACUUAUCUUAUGCUGUUAUUCUCAUCUCCUUAUGAAUGCUGCCUGUUCACUCCUGUUGACUAAAGCGGCACAAAAUAAUUAUCCUGGCGGGGAAGCAUUGAAUACACUUAAUCAUAUGGAACAUUUAAUACAGAGAAAUGAUGUUCAUGUUCAUAUUUGUAAUUUGGCUGCACAAACUGGUGUUACCCGCUUUUUACAAAUACAUGAUAAAUGGAUAUAUAAUAAAACUGAAGGCAUAGAAAAGGAUUUCAACGCGUUGAACACAUCAAACUUUACCCAUUUGAUCUCAGAAAUAUCAUCCAUUGAAGAAGACGACGAAGAAGUAAAUCAGAAGCCGCUGUCAUCUUCUUUUAAACGGCUCUACCAAGUGAAUUCUUUCAAUGGGAUACAAUUUCAUGCCAAUUGGAACCUAUACAACCUGCUUGAAUUCAAAAGUGUUCCACGACUGUUUAUCUAUGAAAGAAUAAAUUUCACCAGAACUUAAAUUUUUCUAUCUGGUGAGAUCAUAUUGUGUAACCUUUUCUUAUGGAGGGUAAUAUUUUGUUAAAU